AUGCGCUUCCGGCAGCUGUUCCACCAGCAGGACGGCUCUCCUGACUUCCUCGGGCAACAUGCAUUUCAGAGUCAGCAUCCCCAGCUUGCCAUCGUCGACCCCGACUCCAUCGAUUUCACCGGGUGGCAUGAGAUGGACUUCACCACGACUCCGCUCACUUCGUCACGGGGGAAUCUGAACGCACACCCAACCCUUGACCAAAACCAAAAAUACUCGACCGCCAUGGACAGAGAUCAGGAUCCGCUGGCGUAUCUUCGAUCUUCCAAUCACCGCCAGGGCUCGACGGGUAGCCUGAUCCCCUCUUCUUCUCAUCAACAGUCUCCCGAACCACGCAGAUCCUCAGGAGACAUUUACUCGAACAGCCAAUAUUCCUACUCUCAGCUUCUGAACAUGGAGGCAAAUCUUCCACCCAUGGAUCAGUCGAGCCUUAGCAACUCACGCGCUGAUGACGAUGCAACUAUGCUAAACAACGACAACAAUCUCACGACAACGUUAUCAGCUUCUGACUCUCUCAACACCAGCCGGUCCAUCACCAAUCUGGAUCCUAUCGCUGCUGCCAUAGCAUCCAAAGCAGACUCGACUGAGAAGCUCUGCCCUCUCAUUGCAGGCCAAGUAGACAGCUGCCAACCACAACGCUGUGGCCCCGACGCACCUUGCAUGAACUUCACCACACUCCCGCCUAUUGAGGAGUGCACAUCAGUCCCCUGCAUAACAGGGUCGACCUCGCCCAGUGAGACCAUGAUCAGCAACGACAGCAUGUCUGUCGAGCUCCAUCAGCGACCCAACAUGAGCACGAGGACAAGUACGACAGCCACCUCCCGGUCUUCAACCACCCGUCGCUCAUCAAGUUCCACCACCGCAACCAGCGAACAGCCUGACACCGUCCCCCUACCUCCGCGAAGAUCUUCUGCUACCGCCCGCCGGCAAAAUCGAGCAAGUCCAACCAUGACCACCGCGGCAUCGCUGGUGUCGGACGACGACGAUGACGAGCAGAUGACCACCAAAUCGACCGCUCCAUCCAAGGCUGACGCCAAACAACGUGCAAAGCAAGCUCAUUCACUCGUAGAACGAAAGUACCGCGAGAAUCUCAACGCCAAGAUUUCCCAGCUGCACAACACGCUACAAGCGUCUCAUUACGGGCCCAAAGUCGGCGAUGACGGCGAAGCCGAAGCGGCGAACUCGGCCAGCGGGCUCCCUCCUCCCAAAGUGCGCAAGAGCGACGUGCUGACCGAGGCGAUGAACUACGUCAACCAGACGGAAGUUGAGAUGCGCCACAUGGAAAACGAAAUCCACAGACUGACCGAAAGGGUCCGGGUAUUGGAGAAGUUGGUGCGUUGCGAGGAUUGCAGUCUGCUCAAGCAGAUGGUGAAUCUUCAGGUUCAAGCAGUCUAA